ACGCCCACUUACAGAGCCGGUGACGUCACUGGACUCGGCAGUGAUGGGAACUCGAGCGAGCGCUGCCCUCCCAUCAUCGGAAUCGCACAACUGCAAACAAGCUAUUCCUGAAGAGAAAAUGGCCAACAUCCCCCUCUCCCGCUCGGAGGUGUUUGGGGAGCUGAGGAAGGAGCUUCAUGAAGAUGAGGAGUUCCAUCAGUCUGACGCUCACAUCUUCAUCAUCAUGGGAGCAUCGGGUGAUCUCGCCAAGAAGAAAAUCUACCCGACUCUAUGGUGGUUGUUCAGAGACGGCCUUCUCCCUGAGCAGACGUAUUUUGUGGGCUUUGCUCGCUCUGACUUGACAGUUGACGCCAUUAGGACUGCUUCCAUGCCAUACCUGAAGGUGACGGAUACAGAAACCGAUCGGCUGUCAGCCUUCUUCAGCAGGAACACGUACAUCAGUGGGAAAUAUGCAGAUGAGACUUCUUUCACCAAACUCAACGAGCACAUCCUUUCUCUGCCUGGAGGAACUGAGGCCAACCGUUUGUUCUACCUGGCGCUACCACCCACCGUCUACCAUGAUGUUACCAAGAACAUCAAGCAGUGCUGUAUGGCCACAAAAGGCUGGAGCAGGAUAAUUGUAGAGAAGCCGUUUGGACACGACCUUCAGAGCUCCGAAGAGCUGUCCACUCACCUCUCCUCCCUCUUCACCGAAGACCAGAUCUAUCGUAUUGACCACUAUCUGGGCAAGGAGAUGGUGCAGAACCUCAUGGUGCUCAGGUUUGGGAACCGCAUCUUCGGGCCGAUCUGGAACAGGGACAGUGUGGCCUGUGUCGUUCUCACCUUUAAAGAACCUUUCGGCACUCAGGGACGAGGAGGAUACUUUGAUGAUUUCGGCAUCAUUCGCGAUGUCAUGCAGAACCACUUGCUCCAGAUGCUCUGCCUGGUUGCCAUGGAGAAACCAGCAUCCACCAGCUCUGAUGACGUCAGGGAUGAAAAGGUAAAGGUGCUGAAAUGCAUCACUCCAGUGACAAUGUCAGACGUGGUGCUUGGUCAGUACGUGGGCAAUCCAGAUGGUGAGGGAGAUGCCAAACUGGGUUAUCUUGAUGAUCCAACAGUUCCUAAAGGAUCAACUCAGGCCACCUUCACCACCGCUGUACUCUACGUGCACAACGAACGCUGGGACGGUGUUCCUUUCAUCCUCCGCUGUGGAAAAGCUCUGAAUGAGAGGAAAGCUGAGGUGCGGCUGCAGUUCACAGACGUCCCCGGGGACAUUUUUGCAAAUCAGUGUGUCAGGAAUGAGCUGGUGGUGCGCGUGCAGCCCAACGAGGCCGUCUAUGCCAAGAUGAUGAGCAAAAAACCCGGCGUGUACUUUAGCCCCGAGGAAACUGAGCUGGACCUCACCUACAAGAGCAGAUACAAGGAUGUGAAACUUCCAGACGCUUACGAACGUCUCAUCUUGGACGUCUUCUGUGGCAGUCAGAUGCACUUUGUACGCAGUGAUGAACUAAGGGAGGCAUGGAGAAUCUUCACACCUCUUCUUCAUCACAUUGACAAAGAGAAGCCCAAACCUAUUCCUUACAAAUAUGGAAGCCGAGGCCCGACAGAAGCAGACGACCUCGCAAAGAGAGUUGGAUUUCGCUAUGAAGGCACUUACAAAUGGGUCAAUCCUAACAAACUGUGAAUCAUGAUCAGAUGAGAGAGGAGUAGAAGUAGGAUAGUAGGAGGGGUGCAGCAGGGUAAGUGAGCAGUAUCGUGUUCCAACACUUGAGUGAGGAAGAUGGUGUUUCCACCAUGUGGAUCCAUCACAGUAGCAGCAAAGAAGAAAGAGAUGAGUAAUUCUCAGGUAUAAAAAUUACUCCUUGGAGCUAGUUCAUCUGACAUUCAACAGAUCUAUGAAUUCAUGCUGUCAUUAUGUGCUUAUUCCAGAUAUGGCAGUAGAAUUUAUUUUUCUAUUCAUACAUUCAGAACAGCUUUCUGUGCUUAACUCAAGAGGUGGGACCAAGGCAAUUGGAGAGGGAACAAAAACAAGCAUGAACCAGGAUAAUGUUGUGAACAAAAUAAUGUCUGAUGAAGUAGCUCAUCCCUGUCUCCAGUUAUUCGGUCUGAAUUUGUCAGGAUGGUAAAAUGGAAGAACUGAGAAACAAGAAUAGAGCAAUAACAAAACACUGAGUCACGAUCACCCACUGAAAGUACUGUACCAAAGAUGGUAACUGAACACAGCCAAUGAGACGAGGAGCAACAGGAGUGUUUGUUCACUUGCUGUCUCUCUAGUAACCAAUGUGAUUGUAAUACCGUUACUGUUUGACUGCAUUUAUUAUACUUCAAGCAUUUCUUUUCACAAAUUCAUCACAGCGUAAUCAUGUUUUGCCUCCUCUGCCAAGGCUGCUUAAGAGGAUUUCUGUGGUGUAAAAACGGCAACACAGGCGGUUUCUCUUGAAAGCAUUCAUACUGCAAUAGUCUUAAGUGUCCUUAGGACGAGAACAAAUUGUCUUGUUUAGAAGUCUCCUUCUGAGCUUUAUUCCCUUUGUUUACAUUUUUAAUAUUAUUUAAGUUGCUGAUAUUCAUUCCAUAUUUCAAAACAUCCAGGCAGCAGAGCUGUGUAUCAAAGGUCCACAGUGAAUGUCUUUGUAAUGACGCACUGUAUACUGCUGUAUACUUGCAUGUAAAGCAAACAUUUUCACUACUUGAAAUAAACUAGUUUUGCUUCUCUGUUGUUU